UUGCGUGCCCCGGAAGCGGAAGCGGCCGGCGGCAGCGCGCGGCCAUGGCGCGUGAGAAGGAGGUGGAGGCGGCGGAGGCGGCCCCGGAGCUGUCGUACCGGGAGCAGCUCGGGCACCUCAACCCCAUCGCGCAGCCGCUCGCCUCCCGCAAGCUGACGCGGAAGCUCUACAAGUGCAUUAGGAAAGCGGCCAAGCACAAGCAGAUCCGCCGCGGCGUGAAGGAGGUGCAGAAGUUCAUCAACAAGGGCGAGAAGGGGAUCGCGGUGCUGGCCGGCGACACGCUGCCCAUCGAUGUGUACUGCCACAUCCCCAUCAUGUGUGAGGACAGGAACCUGCCAUAUGCGUACGUCCCCUCCAAAUCGGACCUGGGAGCCGCAGCUGGCUCGAAGCGCCCCACCUGUGUCAUCCUGAUCAAGCCCCACGAGGAGUACCAGGAGGCCUACGAUGAGUGCCUGGAGGAUGUGGAGGCACUGCCCAUGCCAUUCUGACCCAGAGCGGGGGUUGGGGGGGGAACGGGAUGGGAUGUGAGAGGGGAAUGGGAUGGGAUGUGACAGCAGGACUCUGCUGAGGACACGGGCAGGGGGUGAAUAAACGUGUGGGAGGUUUGUACGA